AUGUUUGUGUCCUGGAAACUAGUGGAGUGGACGCUGCCUCAACCUCAGCUGGGGCUGAGACUGGCCCCCGGCCUCAGCCCGGGCUUCAGCCUCUGCCUCAACCCCCUCAGGCCCAGCCUCUGCCUCAAUCCACAGCUGCAGCUUCAGCCCUACCCUAUCCUCCCAGCCACAUCCCCGACCCUAUACCUCAUCCCCAGCCUCAGGUGGCGUAUCCGCCCAUCCCGUCUUGAGCCGAGGAGAGCACAGCUGCAGCCCAACAGGCCGUUGAUACCGCUGAGUAGUCCCGGCCGACAGCCAUGUGAAUGCACGUGCCCUCAGGCCACAGAGGUGCACUGCACGUUCCGUUCCCUGCUCACCGUGCCCGCCGGCAUACCCAGACAAGUGGAGCGCAUGAACCUGGGGUUUAACACCAUAAACCAUGUGACUCAGACCUCUCUGUCUGGGUUGAGGAAGCUGGAGCUUCUGAUGAUGCAUGGGAACGAUCUCUACAACAUUCCCAACGGAGCCUUCAGGGAUCUCAUGUCCUUACAGAUGCUGAAGAUGAGCUAUAACAAACUGAAGGAGAUCAACAGACACACUCUCCAGGGUCUGUGGUCUCUGACCAGACUCCACCUGGACCACAACCAUCUGGAGUUCAUUCACCCAGACACCUUCCAGGGCCUCACCUCCCUACGUCUCCUACAGCUGGAGGGGAACAGACUGCAGCAGCUCCACCCCUCUACCUUUUCCACCUUCUCCAUGAUGGGACACUUCCACGUCUCCACCCUCAGGCACCUGUACCUGUCGGAGAACAGGCUGACCUCGCUGCCCCAGAAGCUGCUGGGAGGAAUGCCCCAGCUGGAGAACCUAUUCCUGCAUGGGAACCCCUGGACAUGUGACUGCAGGAUGAAGUGGUUCACCGACUGGGACAAAAACUCACCAGGUGUGCUGAAGUGUAAAAAGGACAGGGCCUACCCAGGAGGUCAGCUCUGCUUUAUGUGUUACUCCCCAAAGAACGUACGAAUGAAAGAAGUCCUGGGCCUGGACACACUGGUCUGCUCUAGCCCCGUUAUCACCUCCCCUGAUCGACCUACGGCCCAAGAGGACACAGAGACAGAGGUCAUGACCCUGGAGGAGUUCAAGGGGUCGUUCGGCAACAUUACCCUAGGCCUGACGGACGAGCAUGGGAACAAAGUGGAUCUGGAGUGCAGCGUCGGAGAGCCCCGCAGGGAGUGGUCUAAGGUCAGCUGGGAGCAGGUCAACCCUCUGCAGCUGGCCUAUAAUGUGAGUAUCUCCGUGGAUCUGGGGUGUCCCAUCAACAGGGACAAUUUUGAGAGACUCUGGAGGCUGAUCGCCUACUAUAGCGACACGCCCGCUCACCUGCAGAGAGAGAUCAUGCUGACUAAGGAGCCGGUGCCCAGCUACAGGUACAGGCAGGACCUGGAGAGAGACGCAUUGUACUACACAGGGGUUAAGGCUAACAUGGUAGCUCAACCAUCCUGGCUGAUGCAGAGCUCUGUGGACCUGCAGCUGAACAGGCCCCAGUCCACUGGGAAGAGCGUCAAGCUGAUCCUCAGCACCCACCUCACACAGACCGUGGAGCCUGAGCUGGAGCGCAGACACCGUAGGACAUGGGUCAUGAUAGAGAACACAAACACUACCAGGACGGUGCUGAGUGUUGUAGUGGGCAGCCCUGCUGUAAUGGACUAUAACGUGUUGAGCUCAGGAGACACAGUGGUUCGCUGGAUGCUGCCAGACGGGACCCAGCUGGAGGCACCGUACAGCAGCCCAGACAACAGGGUGUCAGUGUUGAGCACCGGUAGGUUGGAUAUUAAAGCUGUAGGACACUCAGACUCAGGGAUAUAUUACUGUAUCGCCCAGGUCUCUGACGACCUCAGUGUCCUCCCUUUCCGCCUGACGGUCGAGGAGUCCUCCAGUCCUCCCCCUCUUGGAGGGGAUGAGAUGGCGCCUACCCUCGUAGAGGGGUUCACCGGUGUCCCUCUCACUCUAAACUGUGUCGUGUCUGGCUCUCCUGACCCUGAGAUUAACUGGAUCCUUCCUGACAGCAGCAUAGUGAGUCACAGAGCCAACUCUUCUAGAGCGCUGGUGUAUUCCAACGGAACUCUGAGAGUCCCAGAGAGUCGACUGACAGACAGUGGAUAUUAUAAGUGUGUGGCCAUGAACCAGCAUGGUGUGUAUUCCCUGGCGACUAAGGUGACUCUCACCAGACAGUUAGGAGCAGAGAUACGACCACUGAGGAGAAUGAGGCCACAGUCUGCUUCAGGGGUCAACACCAGGGUCAAAGCCCCCAUGGGGGACACUGAGGAGGCAUCAGGGGACAAUGACGACACACAGGAGGAAGUCCCCUCCUCGCCUUCCUCCUCCUCCUCAUCCCCGAGCCGUGUGGGGCUAAUGAAUCGGAGGAGAGGUCAAAGUUCAAACAGGGGUGGUGGUCAUCCAUUUAGAAACACAUGGAGGCGACCUGCUGUACCUAGAAAACCAACCACGACAGGGACAAAUGAUGAAGACAAGAAAAACACAGUGGGGACGAGGAGGAGGAUUAACGUGGCAAACAAAAAUAUAGACCCGGAGAAGUGGGCGGACAUUUUGGCCAAAAUCCGUGACAAGAACGGACAGGUUAGGACAUCCAUAGUUUUCCCCUCUAGGGUGAAGCCUCAGAACCCUGUACUAAACACUCCAUCCACUAGGGUCAGGACCCAACCUUCAUCCAGAACAGUGGAGGUUCCCUCCAACUCCAACCACAUCCCAGACAGUCACAGAGAGAGAGUCCUCAUCUCUCAACCCGACCAGAGAAACAACCCGAUCCUCAACAGAGGAGACACCAUCCUAAUCACAAGAUCUGACCCCAACAGACAACCGCCACCAGCCGACUCCCACACCACUACUAAACUAGAGUCAACUGACAUCAAGCCUGAUCCAGUCACCGGUGUUAAACCAACCACCACAGAACCCAGAACACCCCACAGGACAGUCACGAACACAAACAACCAGAUGGUCAAACAGACGACCAUCACAACCACUCUCGCUUCCACCGCCACAAAGAGCUUUUCUCAGACUUCAUCAGUGUCUUCAUCAAGGCCUCAGAGUCCAUCCAGUGGGGGCCAGAGGACAGAGACCCCUACCCAGACACAGGGGUUAUCAGGUGGGGUGUCGGGAGGUGGUGAGAGACCCUCCGUAGCGGGACCUGUUGUAAGAGGGAAGCCCCGGAUCACCAAUGUGGAUGUGCGGACAGUGACAGUGAAUGCAGAGAUGGAUGCACAGCUGCCCUGUGUGGCUGUAGGGGAGCCCAAGCCUUUCCUCUCCUGGACGAGAGUCUCCACUGGAGCGACAGUAGCCCAGAACACUCGGGUCCAGAGGUUCGAGGUCCAUCCCAACGGCACGUUAAUCAUCCGUAACAGCCAGCCCCAGGACCGAGGCCAGUACCUCUGUAUGAUCCAGAACCAGUAUGGCAUGGACAAGAUGGUGGUCUCCCUGAUGGUCCUGGCCCAGCAUCCCAGAGUGCUCCAGCCGCGCUACCGCGAUGCUACCGUGUACCACGGGGACGGCAUCGAUCUGGAGUGCCAGGUACAGGGACAUCCCAUGCCCCGGGUCACCUGGGUGCUGCCUGACAGGGUCCACCUCGCUGCGCCCCCAGCCCCGGGCCCUGCCAACCCAGCCAGUGGCCCCCAGCCCGGCCCACAGUCUGGCCCUAAGCACGUGGACCUCCUCAGUAACGGUACUCUCCGGAUAACCGAGGCCAGCUACACAGACAGAGGGAUCUAUAAAUGUAUCGGCAGCAGCGUGGCUGGAGCCGAUACAGUCUCUGUCCGUCUCCAUGUGGCAGCCUUGCCUCCAGUCAUCCAACAACCUCGCUAUGAGAACAUGUCCCUCCCCGAGGGAAGCACGGCCUACAUCCACUGCACCGCCAAAGGAGCCCCUACGCCCAUCAUGCGCUGGACCACGCCCGACGGAGUCCAGCUCCUCACCUCGCAGUUCGUCAACGGACGUAAUUUCUUUGUCUUCCCCAACGGGACCCUGUACGUCCGUGGGCUAGGCCAAGGCGACGCGGGGAGAUAUGAGUGUGUGGCCAGUAAUGCGGUAGGAGCCUCCAGGAGAACCAGCAUUCUGACCGUACUGAGACUCCCAUCCUCCACCAAGGCCAGGAUUACCUCCUCGUCUCCCCAGAGGUCUGACGUGGUCUACGGGGCGCUUCUGAGGCUCGACUGCAUUGCCACAGGAAAACCAGAGCCCAGGAUCGUCUGGAGGACCCCCUCUAAGAAACUAGUGGAUUCCCAGUACAGCUUCGACCCCAGGAUAAAGGUGUUCACCAACGGUUCUCUGGCCAUCCAGGCCAUGACAGAGAAAGAUGAUGGGGACUACCUGUGUGUGGCCCGAAACAAGAUGGGGGACGACUACAUGCUUCUGAGGGUUAACGUGCUGACCAAGCCGGCCAAGAUUGAGCAGAAGCAGCUGCUGGCGAGUCAGAAGGUGAUGUAUGGAGGAGACCUGAAGGUGGACUGUGUAGCGUCUGGCCUCCCCAACCCUGAGAUCCGCUGGGCUCUGCCGGACGGCACCAUGAUCAACACACUGAAACAGACGGAUAGUAGGGUUAGAGGUGGGCGCACCCGCAGAUACGUGGUGUUCGACAACGGGACGUUGUACGCCAACGACGUGGGGAUGAGAGAGGAAGGAGACUACACCUGCUACGCUGAGAACCAGAUAGGGAAGGAUGAGAUGAAGGUUCACGUCAAGGUGGUGGCGGACCCUCCGAUCAUCAGAGACAAAACUCAAAGCCCUGAAGUCAUCAGGGUUCUUUAUGGGGAGACCGUGUCUCUGAAGUGCAGCGUCAAGGGAGAGCCGACCCCAGUCAUCACGUGGCUAUCCCCCACUAACCGGGCCAUUGCCUCCUCCCCCACUAAAUACCAGGUCCAUAAUGAUGGCACAUUAGUGGUCAAGAAGGCGCAACGCUUUGAUGCUGGUAACUACACCUGCACAGCUAGGAACAGUGCCGGCCAGGACCGCAAAGUCACCAGGGUGGAAGUCCUUGUGACGCCACCGACCAUCAAUGGACUGAGAGGUAUGGUCAACACUAUCAGAGUGACGGCUAUAAGGGACCAGCGCACCAUGCUGGCCUGCGAGGCCGUGGGGACACCCAUCCCCCGGGUCAUGUGGGUGUUACCGGAGAACGUCAUCCUCCCGGUGCCAUACUACGGCAGCAGAAUGACGGUGCAUCGCAACGGUACGUUGGAUAUACGUUCGCCGAAGGGGACCGACUCGGCUCAGCUGGCCUGCAUCGCACGCAACGAGGGCGGGGAGGCCAGGCUGAUGGUCCACCUGGAGGUUAAAGAGAUGGUAGAGAGACCGCAGCUCAGAGGGCCCAAAACAGAGAGCCUCUCUCUAACGGUAGGCAGUACCAUGACCCUGAACUGCUCCUUUGAAGGAGGCCCAGCACCCCCAACGGUAACCUGGAUCCUCCCUAAUGGUUCCCCCCUCAUGAGGGGUGCCCAGUUCUCCAAGUUCUUCCACCGACCUGACGGCUCCUUGGUCAUCACUAACCCCGCUGUCUCUGAGAGUGGUAUGUACCGCUGCCUGGCGAGGAAUGUAGCCGGGCUAGUGGAACGUACUAUUACUUUAGCCCCGGAGAGGAAACCAGAGAUCAAUAACCGCUACAACUCCCCCAUCAGUAUUAUGAAUGGGGAGAGCCUCCAACUCCACUGUCUCUCUACGGGGGACCCCCUCCGGCUGACGUGGACACUGCCCAGUGGGGUGGUCCUGGGGCGGCCACAGAGAGCCGGUCGCUACGCCGUACUGGCCAAUGGGACGCUCGCCAUCCAGCAGGCGUCCGUCUACGACCGCGGCUCCUACGUCUGCCGAGCGGCUAACGAGUACGGCAGCGCCCUGCUCUCCGUGCCCGUCAUCGUCAUCGCGUACCUGCCUCGCAUCACCAAUGGCCCGCCUCCCGUGAUGUACGCUCGCCGCGGCGUGGCGGUCCAGCUGAACUGUGUUGCCACGGGGAUCCCCCGAGCUGAGAUUGCCUGGGAGACGCCGGAGAGGACGCGGCUAGCGGUCAGUGCCCAGCCACGCCUCUUUGGCAACAAGUACCUCCACCCACAAGGCUCUCUCAUCAUCCAGAACCCCACACAGAGAGACCAGGGCUUCUACAAAUGCACCGCCAGGAACGCGAUAGGGGUCGAUACUAAAGCCACCUAUCUACAUGUGUUCUGAUUAGCCUUAGACAAAUCAUUUUUUUUAUCAUAUGCCCAAGAAACUGCCAAAGGAGCUGAGCACGGCCAAUGCUUUUCAUCCAUCCACAUAAUGUUGAAGAGACUUUGAAUCACUGUCAACGCAAAGUAAAGAUACACUUUCCAAUCGGUAGCUAAACAAACGAGCUACUGUGUAUGCAGUAGCUGUGCUGUAUGUGUCCUGUGACGUCAUUCAAGGCCAUGUUUCAGCUGCAUUUCAAAAAAAACAUUUUGUGACAAAGCCAUUUUUCACUCAUCAAAAAACACUUUGCCAUGAAGGACUUUAAUAGAGAGCAAAAACUGUAGUAUUACUAUUUGUAGCAUUAUAUGAGUAUAUGUAGUAUAUCUUUUCCAUCUCCUGCGCUGACAAUGACAAUUUUAUGUCAAACUGUGUAGAUAAGCGUAGCUCAAUAUCUUUUUACGUUCGAUUAAUGAAAAUAUUCUAAAUGAUAUACUGUUGAUACAGAAAAUAUCCAAUACUGCUGAGAUGGGGACGAUUUCAGGGGUCUAAGCAACAAUGGCUGGUGCUACAAUUAUGAAUAGCUGCUUCACAACCAUCCAUAUUAUCUUACUAUCUUAACCAAAAGUAUUUUUAAUGACCGCUAACCCUGCUAUUUACAGGAGCGACUCGCACAUUACCGUUACUGUGAUUAUUGUACAUGCAAUUUGGUUUAGAUCUGCUUGCAACCCACAUAGGUGUCAACAUCAACUCAUAAAAUAAUACUAAUAUGUUUUUACAUGCCCUCAUUAUUAAAUUAUUUGUCUUUAAAAGACUCUGAUGUAUAGGAAUUUUACACGUUUUUUAAUAAAGAGAAGCUCAAAAUCC